AGCUGCACACCAGGAAGUGUAGUUCAACAUCCAGCAUGCAUAUUCAUGUUCAGGAAGCAAAAAAACCACAUUUCCCUGGAUGGAACCAGAUAAAGCUUGUGAUGAAGGCUCUGGGAAAGCAGAAGUGCAGUCAGAGAGGAUUAAACCUAACAGUUGUUUUAAUGUUGAAAACACAUCGUUUUGAAGACUGCUGAACAUCGCAGUGAAUCCCUGACCAGCUGUCCUCCCCUGACCAGCUGUCCUCCCCUGACCAGCUGUCCUCCCCUGACCCAGUCUGUCCUCCCCUGACCCAGUCUGUCCUCCCCUGACCCAGUCUGUCCUCCCCUGACCCAGUCUGUCCUCCCCUGACCCAGUCUGUCCUCCCCUGACCCUGUCUGUCCACAGCCAUGGCGAUCCUGUUUGCGGUGGUUGCCCGCGGCAGUACCAUCCUGGCAAAGCAUGCUUGGUGUGGCGGUAACUUCCUGGAGGUGACAGAACAGAUCCUAGCUAAGAUACCAUCGGAGAACAACAAGCUCACCUACAGCCAUGGCAGCUAUCUCUUCCACUACAUCUGCCAUGACAGAAUCAUAUACCUGUGUAUCACUGAUGACGACUUUGAGCGGUCGCGUGCGUUCAGCUUCCUGGGAGAGGUGAAGAAGCGUUUCCAGACGACGUACGGUUCCAGAGCUCAGACAGCCCUCCCCUACGCUAUGAACUCAGAGUUCUCCUCCACCCUGAUGGCUCAGAUGAAGCACCAUUCCUCUCCUCCAUCAGAUCGUCUGACUGAGACUCAGAUGCAGGUUGACGACCUGAAAGGCAUCAUGGUUCGCAACAUCGAUUUGGUAGCUCAGAGGGGAGAGAAGUUGGAGUUGCUGAUCGAUAAAACGGAGAACCUGGUCGGCUCAUCUGUGAGUUUUAAGACCACCAGCCGUAACCUGGCCAGAGCUAUGUGUAUGAAGAACCUCAAACUCACUGUCGUCGUAGUGGUGAUGUCACUGGUGGUCCUGUAUGUAGUUGUGUCUGCGGCCUGCGGAGGACUCAGCUGGCCCAACUGCAUCAGGAAAUAAGAGAGAGAGAGAGAGAGAGAGAGAGAGAGGGGGGGAGGACGAGGAGGGGGAGGAAAAAUGGGAGCAAGAGAAGAUGACAGCGGAACCACAAGGAAAGAAAUCGCUCUCCUUCCUCUUGUCUUCCAGUCAGCAGGGAGGAGAGGAUCUUCUAUUGGACAGGAUGGUGACACAACAAGGCAUCCAGAUAGUGGAGAUUUUACACCGUUGUGAUUGUCUUGCUUUCUGUUCCUAAACAAGAGAACGAGGUGUGUUUAUCUGUCCGAAGACAAGCGAUUUGUUGGAUAUGCAGCUUAAAAAUAUUGUGCUAGUGGAAUUCAGUCCACUGUCCAGUCAUCCUCCAUACUGUUCUACAGUCCAGACCAGACCAGUCCAUCAGUCCAGUACAGUCCAGUCCAGACCGUGGCCCUCUCAUCCGUGGCCCUCUCAUCCAGGGCCCUACAAGCCUAACAGACUGAUCUGGAGUAGGGUUUACCAAACGUCUUUACUCUGGGCCCCCCUUCCAGCAUGGAGAACAUCCCCCCCCCCCCGUCUAUUUCUAUUGGUACAGCACUGUUCAUGACGCACAGUUCCUCUCCUUGGUGGAGAGGACAUGUUGCAGGUUUUUAAACUUAUUUCCUGCAAUUGUAAACAUUUUGUCAUGGGGUGCAAAAUAAAUGUUUCUGUUUUAAAGCAA